CUCUCUCUCUCUCACUGUGUGAGUGUGUGUGUGUGAGAGAGAGUGAGAUUGUCCAUGUUCUUGCUACUGGUUCCUCUGAAACAUCUUUCAUCACAAUGGAGUAAAGAGCAACAGCUGGAUAUAACAACAUACACUGAUGAUGACGAAGAAGAAAAUGAAGAUGGUGUGAUGGAGUUCCCUCCUGAGAAGGGAUGAACUGUUAGACAGGAGAGAAGUUGGAGUUACUGAAACUAAUAAUCAGAUGAGUGCUGGAACUGUGGUGAUAUCAGGAGGAUUUUUAGCUGCUGUGAUUCUGCUGUGUAUCAUCACUGUGCUGUGUUACUGCAGACUGCAGCGUUAUUGUUGUGAGUGUGAUGUCUCAGAGUCGGUCGGUGUGCCGGUGUUGGACGCUCGUCCUCGUAUCUGUAGUGACGUGUGCAGUGUGGAUGGAGUCACCAGGACCCUGCUGCCGUUGACCUCUGGCCCCAGUGCCACCCACAGCUACUGUCUCACCUGCUCGCCGUACUAUCGCCAUGACGACGUGUGUAAUGCUAACAUGUGGCUCGCUAUUGCUCACGGAGAGCCGAGAGGCGUUACUGCACUUGGCACGGCGGCCAUGAUGAACUUCUAUACGAACACACACGCCAUCAGCACCGACGUCUGACCUCUGUACAUAAAGUUAUCAGUUUUAUUUUGCCAAUCUUCCACUUGAAAGAUUUCACUUUUACUCAAGAGGAGGCUCCCUAAGUAGGGAGUGUUUUAGGAUUUUAAUGUUUAUAACUGUUUAUAACAAGGGGUGGAGUUUAAGGUACUUUUGAUGAGCCAAUUGUAAACAUGAUCAUGUGACAUCCUUACAAUAGCUUUUGCUAGCAAGGUCAGUGCUAGCUAACUAGCUUGUAUAGUAGCACAUGUACUCUGUGUGUGUGUGUGUGUGUGUGUGUGUGUGUGUGUGUGUGUGUGUGUGUGUGUGAGUGUUACAUGUGCAGUAAUGAUAUAAAUCAUCUGUAAUAUAUUCAACACGUCUCACUGAUUGUCUCUCACAGUUAUUAAUACUAAACUCCAACCAUAAGAAAGAGCAUAUUAUGGCACUUCGUAUCUGUGUAUGGUCUCAACAGGAUCUGCAUCAGACAGAAAAGACACUUGAGAAAAAUAUGUAGUCUAUUAAAAUAAGUCAUAGCUAAUAAAAUGUUACACUCCAUCUCAUGAUGUACUCUCACAUUAGC